AUGGACCUGGGCUGCGACGUGAACAGUCGUGGAGGACCAGGCACAACCUGGGCCACACUGGAGGACCUGGAGCUGGCCUACCAGAUCGCAGAGCAGUUCCGGGUGCUGGGGAAGCCGCUGGGCCUGAAGGACUGUAUCAUCGUAGGCGGCAUGGACAUGGUGACCCAGGCGCUAGAGCUGUCCCGGAAGCCACACGUGGUCAUCGCCACGCCAGGGCGCCUGGCCGACCACCUGCGCAGUUCUAACACCUUCAGUAUAAAGAAGAUCCGCUUCCUGGUGAUGGACGAGGCGGACCGGCUGCUGGAGCAGGGCUGCACCGACUUCACGGUGGACCUGGAGACCAUCCUGGGGGCCGUGCCUGCCCGCAGGCAGACACUGCUCUUCAGCGCCACGCUGACUGACAUCAGGGAGCUGCAAGGCCUGGCCACCAACCAGCCCUUCUUCUGGGAGGCGCAGGCCCCGGUGCGCACUGUGGAGCAGCUGGACCAGCGCUACGUGCUGGUGCAGAAAGUCAAGGACGCCUACCUGGUGCACCUGAUCCAGACCUUCCAGGAUGAGCAUGAGGACUGGUCCAUUGUCGUCUUCACCAACACGUGCAAGGCCUGCCAGGUCCUGUGUAUGAUGCUGCGUAAGUUCAGCUUCCCUGCCGUGGCCCUGCACUCCAUGAUGAAGCAGAAAGAACGCUUCGCUGCUCUGGCCAAGUUCAAGUCCAGCAUCUACCGGAUCCUGAUUGCCACACAGACGUGGCCUCACGCCUCUUCUUCCAGGGGCCUGGACAUCCCGACCGUGCAGGUGGUCAUCAACCACAACACCCCCGGCCUGCCCAAGAUUUACAUCCACCGCGUGGGCCGCACGGCGCGGGCAGGGCGGCAGGGACAGGCUAUCACGCUGGUGACACAGUACGACAUACACCUGGUGCACGCCAUCGAGGAGCAGAUCAAGAAGCAGCUGGCAGAGCUGGCGGUGGAGGAGGCGCAGGUGCUGCGGAUCCUCACGCAGGUCAGCGUGGUGCGGCGCGAGUGCGAGAUCAAACUGGAGGCCGCGCGCUUUGACGAGAAGAGAGAGAUCAACAAACGCAAGCAGCUCGUCCUGGAGGGCAAGGACCCCGACCUGGAGGCCAGGCGCAAGGCCGAGCUGGCCAAGAUGAAGCAGAGGAACCGGCGCUUCAAGGACGAGAAGCAGCGGACGCUGCAGCGGAAGAAGGCGGGCGGCGCUGGUCAUGGAGGACCUCGGCCCAAGACCCACGGAGAACCCUCGCCUGCCCAGGGCCCAGCCUGAGCGCCACAGGGCCUUUGUGGUUGACCUGAGGGUGUCAGGAUCCUCCCUGGGGACCUGCCCUCCUCCAAGGAGCCCUGCUCCACAGCACUGCUGGCGCCUUCCCGGAGCCUGGUUGGACUCAGGCUGCAAGAGUGGGGGCCAGUCCUGCUGUGAGGCUGAAUGCAGCUCCACGUCCAUCGUCCCGGCCAGGGCCACCUUCCAGGGGUCCUGUGGUGCCCCAGAAGGACAGCAUUACAUGCAGGAGGUGCUCAAUAAAUGGUCUUUUAGCCUCUCAUUCUGGCUCUGGAGAGUGCGGCAGGACAGGUGCUUGGUGACCACCAGCGUUUCUCACCUUUCCCAAUGCGGCUGGCCCACCCACCCGGAGCUCUGCCGCCAGGGCACGACCUCGGCCUCAGUCUCCCCAGGUUCAGUCAGCUGGCUGUCGUUGGAACCAACUGGAGGCUUCAGGGUUGCAUCCUUGGUGCGUCCCUGAUGCCCACGCUGAGCCGUGGUCACGAUGAAGGAGUGAGCCAGGGGCCACCAAGCAAUGUGGAGGAAGCCAGGCUCCGGGCCACAUGGCCACACAGCCGGGCGAGGCAGGAGGCGCGGUAAGGACGGCGGGGUACCGGGGGCCGCACACCACACAGGCAGCCACGCUUAGAAGUGUAAUGCGGGCACCGCGCCCGGGAUUCUGGAACUACACUGGGAAAUGCUCGAG